AUGCUGAAGCCAUCCUCCUCCGGCAUCAAUCCGCCUUCAGCUGCCUUCCAACAUGCGAGCAGACAUGUGCGAGACCAUCCGGUCGUCCAAAGCCCCGUACUACGGCCAGAGCCACCGUACUUCCUCGACCAACGUCUGAGGGGCGUAAUGGGAGAGCGGUACUCCUCAUCCGCUGGGAUCCUUAUGGAAUCAUCGUCAUUAUCCGUAAAGCCAGGUUUCUUCGGCGACACAAGCUCUAGUGCCUUUGUCAACGAAUUAAACAACACUCUUGGGAUACGGGUUCGGUCUGAAGAAGAUACGACUGCACCUAAAACUUCUUUCGUGUCCGAGUCCAACGCAAGAAACGGCGCUGAAGUACUUCGCUUCUUUGAGAGUACGGAAGAAUUCGGGAAGCUCCUUGAUCGCUGGCUGGACAUGAACUUUGGUGGAUUUGUUAUCUACGAGCCAAUCUAUCGCACAUGGUGUGAGGGCGUUAAGUCGUUCAUGGACGGAGUGAAACAAGACAAGAUGCCCGAAAGGCUCGAACGUCGCUCUCUCACCAUUUGGCGAAAUACUCAACGUCCUCUGCAGUGUCAUGGAAACAUGUCCGCACUGGAAUGGGCCAGACAGUCGACUGGUGAAAACCUUCGUUGGGAAACACUCGGUCUACUGCUGUCGUCCAUCGCCCGGAUGGCUACGUGUCUGGCUCCAUGGGACACCAUCUUCAGGUCCGGCACAACCAGCACCUAUGGAAAGAUGGAGCUUCUGAAGAAGUUAUCGAAUCUCAUCAAGAUCGUCGUCGACCUGAGCAGGAAAUGCGGCACUAGGAACGAGCUGAGCGUUCACUUGCUGUUCGACGCGGCCAUGACGGAGUCUUUGAUCAACGGCGACAUGCACAAUGAAGUCUGGACGAGUUUCGGAGAAGUCUGCGAUACUGUCGUUUUAAUGGGUCUGCAUCUCGAGAAGCGCAUGGAUGCAAGGACGCCGUUUUGGCUCUGUGAGCUUCGGGUGAGAUUCCUCAGUGUGGUGUACUCAAACGACAAGUUCUUGUCUACCUACCUAGGACGACCUCCCCAUAUGUCUUACCGCUUUUGCGUGCUUCAAGAGCCUCAAGAUCUCAGCGACGAGGAAGUCUGCGGUGAUGAAAAUACCUUGGCUUCUGCUCUUGCACGCUUGCAAGGCGGCUGGACGACUACUGGCCAUCCCCAUCGAAUCACAUGGAUGAAAGCCUCUUCCAAGAGGUUUGCUCUGAGAGAGGACAUUGUCGAAAUCCUCGUCUCUCCACACAUACAAGAUGUCGAGGCUCGCGUACGGUAAGUCGUAACCGACACCUUUCACCAUAAAGGCUAAGACCAUCAGUGAUGUUCGCAGGUGUGAAGAAGAAGCCCUAAAAGCAAUGCCAGCUUUCGUGCAACUCGAUCCGCUGGAGCUCCUCACGAAUGUCCGCAGCGAUCUCUCGUACCAAAUUCCAGGACGAGGCGGUGUCACAUGGAGGCCAGUGGACGUCCACUGCUUUCUCGCCAUCCAGCGCCAGCGCUUGCACGCCGACUUCCUCCUCGAAAAAGUCCUCGUCAACCGCCGCAAAGCAGAUCCCACCCGGCUCCUUUCCAUCGCUCUCAAGCUCCUCAAACUCAUCCUAACCGCCUACGAGCAACGAGAAUUCCUCUGCAACAUCCGCGUCGAUUUCACAGACAUGCUCGCAUUCUACGCCAUUCCCGCCGCAGGCGUCUUGGCCAUGGAAUUAAUCCAACCGCAGCCGAGUCUCGAUUUCCCGCGCUCAGAAGUUCUCCAGCAACUGAGUGUGCUCGUUCCUGCUCUGGAGAGUGUUCGCCCCGGGGAGGGGAAUUAUACGCUCUGUGUUAUGGGUCUGAAUCCCAUUCGGAAAGUCUUGGAUCGUGUGCUCUCUUCGAGGCCACCACGGCAGGAUGAGGAGAGGGUCGAGCAGCAGAACUCUUUGUUUUUCGGCGCGGAUGUCAGCAGUGAUGCGGACUUUCUGCAGUGGCUGGGGAGUGUGGAUUUUGAAUCGGGUAGUUGGUUGGAUUCGGGGACGGCGAGCGGGUUUUCUUCCUUGGAGCCGUCGACUUCCAUGACCUCUGUGAUGAAUGUGUGA